UCACUUUCAAAGCUCUGCAAAACACUACACGCCCCUUUCUACUGACAACGAAAACGAAUGUAAACAGGAAAAAUGGUCGACCGGCAGAGAGCACGUGUGGAAGAUGCGAUGAAAAAGUUCAUCGACGAUCUGGACAGGUCACAACUGCGGAAAAUGCAGGCGGACAUGCACAAAUGUGCGGCGCGGUGCUGCGAAGACACGUCUUCGCCUCUCGAGCGGGUGCACGAAUGUGUUGAAGAUUGCUCCAUCCCCCUAUCAUACGCCCAAAAAUACGUACAAACUGAAAUCGGUGGAUUUCAGGACCGGCUUCAAAGGUGUGUUAUGCAGUGCAACGACGACAUCCGGGACAAAAUGGGAUCAAACCCUACAGAGGCAGAGGCGUCCCGCUACACGGGUGAAUUUGAAGUCUGCGCCACUAAGUGUGUUGAUAAGAACCUCGAAGUACUCUCAAAAAUGUUUGAUUCAGUUAAAAAGAACUUGUUGAAAGGGAGCUAUCCAAAAUAAUGUGCGGUUAAAUAAUAAAUAGUUUAGAUUGUUUAACAAAUCAUUCGCGAUGUACGCAGUAAACUAAACGCCAUGAAGUUGUGCCUCACUUUGGCGGUGUUGUUACUAAUAGCGUUGCAAAUACGGCAACAGACACUGCCAUAAUGCCGUUUUUGCAACUAUAUUUUAUGGGUCGUAAAUGAAACUGUGGAAGGCUGAAAUAUAUGAGUGUUUUGUCGCCUGCCAUUACAAGAAAUCAAAA